CAGAAUCAAACACAUUUCGCCUCUAGCUUCAGCCGGCGUCAUAUUGGAUCCACCGCCCACGAGUAGAUGUGCUCGGACUCCAAGGAAGUUGCUGCUGUACCACAGUCAACACACGCCACCUGCGCCCCCGCUUCGCCGCGCAGCGCACACCAAUCUGCCCACGCGCCGCCCCGCCCCGCCUCGCCUCUCCUCUCCUCUCCUCUCUCUUCUUCCUACGCGCGCCGAGAGAAGAUGGGGAAGCGAUGGAUCCCGCUCGAGGCCAACCCCGACGUCAUGAACCAGUUCAUCUGGGGACUGGGAGUCACCGAGGGGGAGGCGCAGUUCUGCGACGUCUACGGCCUCGACGACGAGCUGCUCGCCAUGGUGCCCCAGCCCGUCCUCGCCGUCAUCUUCCUCUACCCGCUCACCUCCCUGGAUGAGAAGGUGGAGGAAUACGAUGCUUCUGCCACCUCUACGGCAGGGGGCAAGGAUUCAAGCAAGAAGGUGUACUUUACAAAACAGACUGUUGGCAACGCUUGUGGAACAGUUGGUGUUAUUCAUGCAAUAGGGAAUGCUGCAUCCGACAUCAAGCUGGUUGAGGGAUCUUAUUUUGAUAGGUUUUAUAAACAAACAGCUGAUAUGGAUCCAGUUCAGCGUGCUGUCUUUCUCGAGGAGGAUGAUGAGAUGGAGGGUGCUCAUUCUGUUGCUGCUACUGCUGGUGACACUGACGUAAACGUUGAGGUGAAUGAACAUUUUGUCUGUUUCUCCUGUGUUGAUGGUGAACUUUACGAGCUUGAUGGGCGAAAAUCAAAACCGAUAUCUCAUGGCCCUUCAUCACCUGAGACCUUGCUGCAGGAUGCUGCAAAAGUCAUCAAGGCCAGAAUUGCGACGAACCCUAACUCGUUGAACUUCAACGUCAUGGUUCUUUCAAAACAGUGAAUCGGUGAUGUAAGGUGGAAUGGAUAGGCUUGGUCUUUUCCAUUCUCAUGGGCUGGUGCCUGAUAGUCAGCAUAGCCCGUCGGAAAAACAGAGACUUGUUGCCUAAAGUAAACUGUGCUCUUUGUGCAAAAGUUAUGUCUUUGUCUUCUGGCUUUUGUAUCAGAAAUAAAAAAGGAGUAUUAGUUGCUGGAUUGAAAAA